AUGUGGAAACUGCUUAGAAUAGAACCACUUUUUACCAAUUAUCUUUUCUCUUUUCUUUCAGCUGGAUACAAUAAACUCAAGUUGUUCCUCAGUUUUGCAGUUGGUGGCUUAUUGGGAGAUGUCUUCUUACAUCUGCUACCUGAGGCUUGGAGCCAUGUCAACACAUCUGAAGACUUUAUGUGGAUUGGUAAAUGCAUAUUGGUAGGAAUCCUGUUAUUUCUCAUUAUAGAAAAAUUCAUGGGAGAACAAAAUGCAGAAUCUAAGGAGGUUGAAAGUUCGGAUCCUGUGACAGAAAAAACUUUAAAUGAAUCUUCCACUAAUGAACACAAAGUAAAUCACACAAGCUCAAAAUGUUUAGAUGGACAUUCCUGUCAUAAUCUGACACAGAGAAACUCUCAAAUUUGCCAGACUCCCAAACAUGACGAUGUUUCAAAAGUAGAUAAAUUAAAAAAAAAUGAAUCUUCAGAAAACAAAAAUGAUACCAACAAGGAGAAUAUUCAGAUCAGUGGUUAUUUAAAUCUUUUCGCAAACUGUGUAGAUAACUUCACACAUGGACUGGCAAUUGCCGGAAGCUACCUUGUAAGCCGAAAGGUUGGGAUUAUAACAACCAUAGCCAUUCUGUUACAUGAAAUUCCUCAUGAAGUUGGAGAUUUUGCAAUUUUACUUCGAGCUGGUUUCAAUCGAUGGAAAGCGGCAAAAGCUCAGCUUCUCACUGCAACUGGCGGAUUACUUGGAGCAUUUACAGCACUAACAGCAGAAUCUGCUGAAGAAGCAGGAGUGAAAACAGCUUGGAUCUUACCAUUUACUGCUGGUGGUUUUAUUUAUAUUGCCUUGGUUACAAUUGUUCCAGAACUUGUAAAAGAAGAUGACCUAAAACAAUCCCUGUACCAAGUCGUCUGCAUCGGUGCUGGAAUUUUUUGUAUGCUUUUAGUGACAUUGGUGUUUGAAUGA